AUGCAUUGCGAGAUGUCAAGCGACAAAGAGCUUCCAAAUUUGGACGGCUCUGAAACCGCUGAAUGCACGAUGGUAAUGGAGGAAAGUAACGACGUAGAUGAUCGUUUGUUUGACCCAGACAGAACUCCCAGCCAUUAUGGUUAUGAUACUACUCCGGAACGAUCAACGGCUAGUCCUUCUCUGGCAAGUCUGUGGGCCUACAACGGAGACUGUAACACUGUAUGUUCGGAAGAGGAUUCUCGAGAACUUCAAAAGCUGGAUAUGCGUUCCAUUUCCCCCUCACCAAUGGAUCAAGACGAAAGCUGUUCGGAUAUAUUCGCCAAUGUUGAAGAGAGUGGUCCCUCCUGCUCUGUAACGGAUCCAUCUACUGAACUCCCUGAUAUCCUAUCCGAGGAAGGUCAAAUGCCUUUUGAAAAACUGUCCAAGCAGUUACCUUGGAAGAAGGCGGACAGCGGAGAUUCUGGAGCGGUGCCAUGCGGUGAAAUAACGAGUAGCAUUGAAGAGAAACUGGAGGGUCAUGGUAGUCCCGCAUCGAUUCGGGUUCGUAGACUGUCAGAAAAGGGGAAAAUUGAACAGAAAUUUCCAGUUUUGGAUCCUCAGCUGAAAGAUAUCUGGGAUUUCAACAACUUCUCACCUGUUAAGAAUCUAAAACGCGCUGAGGGUAUUUGGAAUUCAGCUCAACAUUGUUUUAUGAUAGCUGUGAUGCAAACUCUUGUCCACACUGCUCCCUUCGUGCGUUUUAUCGUGGACAAGCACAAUCACAAUCAUGGUAGUCUCAGUGGUAGAUGUUUCUGUUGUGAUUUGAAGAAACAUGUCUUCCGGGUUUUACGCAUUAACGGGGUUCCUCACCGAAUGGACUGGAUCCUUGUUCACUGGAGAAGGCUGUUUGGUGGUGAUUACUUUACAACUCAAGAAGAUGCGCAUGAAUUUCUUAUCAAGGUCUUGGAUCUAGUGGACAGAUGCUCUUGCCCUCCAUCAGCCUUGAAGGACACCAUUCCUAAAGGCCCAUCUCCGCCAAUGAUGCAGCUUUUUGGUUUCAAACUUAGAUAUCAACUAGUUUGUCUAACCUGUGGAAACAGCUCAGUCAGCUACGCCUUACACAAUGAUCUGUCGGUCCACCUUCCCAGACACAGUAACAACAUGGGCGUUCCACCGAAAAUGCGCAAUCUUAUCGCAUUAUACAUGAAAGAAGAAGUCUUGGACUAUGCUUGUUCAAAUAAUAGAUGUGGAGGAAAACGUGCAAAAAGAAAACCAUAUAUCCUCCGCGCUCCUUCUGUGCUUAUCCUUCAAAUCAAACGUUUUCUUCCUAAUGGGAAGAAGAAUAGCAUGAAAGUACAGGUGGAGGAGCAUCUUUCGCUGAAGGAAUUUUCUUACUCGCAAACUGAAAAAGAUGAUUACGAGCUAACGGCUAUAAUCUCACAUGAAGGAUAUAGACUGUACUCAGGCCAUUACACAGCGCUUGUGAGGGGAUACGAUCGUCAGUUCUAUUUUUUUAAUGAUGAAUAUGUGAGACCACAGAGACUGUUGACUGCGAAUUUGUGUCCGUAUGUAGUCGUAUAUAGCCGCAAAGGACCACAAGAGCGUAUUUUCGCUUCACCGGUGAAGUCCAGAGUUGAGCUUACAACGCCAACGACGAUGUUAUCGCAGCAGCAGUCAAAACCUUCGGGAAUUUCGUGCAACGCUCACGAUCGUAGAAAGAACGGUGAAGGAAUCUCUGUGCCUUCGAAUAUCGUGCAUCCUCAAAAGCAGGAGCAUUUUCGCAGAGUAGUGAAUAAGUUUGAUCCUAAGCUGAGGACGAAUGUGGGUGUUGUUGAGAAGGAGGACAAUCAGAGCAGUUACUACUGCAAGGAUAACGGAAAAAGUGGAAGUGGCAUUAACUUUGAUGUGAACCGAGAUAGGGAAACGAUGAAAGUUAACGGAUUCAUUUCUACUCCCAGUGUGAUCAGCUUGUCACCAUCAAAGACAGUAUCUUCGUAUAAUGGAAAAAGUGCUGAAAAGAACAAUGUCUCCUCAAUCCAGCAAGAUCACAACAGCCCCCAGCGUGCCACAAAAAGCUUUUCCGCAAGUCCAAGUAAGCAUGGCCUGAGUUCUCUAAAGACAAAGGAACAUCCCACCUGUGACGGCUACUACACAUUCACUCACGAUGAUGUUGCCAGCAGGAAGAAACCGAGAUUGCACUAA